CUCGCCUCACAGAACUUGGAGUUUGUCCUGAUACACAAGUUUAGUGCCGCAUUCUCCUGUUGCGAUGGAUGGACAUGUGAUAUAUGCUGAUUUAAACUUAUCCGGGGAUUCUGGCCUUGAAAUUUCAUCACCUCCAUCUCUUCCUCAGGAUAUCUGUCAGCGUCCACGCUGGCAUCAAUUUGCUCUGAAACUUAGUUGGGCUGGAAUUAUUCUUCUUGCCUUGACUGUGAUUGUAUUGAGUGUUUCAGUGAUAUUCUUGAGACAAAAAUCAUCAAUAGAAAAAAGCAGUGUGGAUGUUCAAGAGAAAAGGAACGAAACAACAGAGAGACCAAGUCUGUUAGAGUGCCCGGUGGAUUGGCAUCCAUUUCAAGGAAAAUGCUUGUUUCUUUCUCAAGCUUCCAACCCUUGGAAUGACAGUCUAGCUGACUGUUCCACAAAAGAAUCCAAUUUGCUGCUAAUUCAAGAUCAGGAAGAAUUGAGAUGCAUACAAAAACUGAUAAAUAAUGGAGGAAUUCUAUAUUGGAUUGGAUUAAAUUUUACAUUACGAGAGAAGAACUGGAAGUGGAUAAAUGGUUCUUUUUUAAAAUCUAAUGUAUUAACAAUUAUUGGUGAUACUAAAGAAAAUAGCUGUGCUUACAUUUCACGGAAAAACAUUUUUUCUGAGAACUGUGAGGCAGAAAAUAAAUGGAUCUGCCAAAAAGAACUAAAACUUGCCAGAAACAAAGUAUGUCCUGAUUCUUGA